GACCCCCAGCCCGCGAGCGCCAAGGCGGCGGCGGGCAGCAGGAGAGGAGGGGGCGCCGAAGCCGAACCCCGCCGCCUGCACCCCGGUGCCGCCCGGCCGGCGGCUGCGGAGGGAACCGGAGCCGCCGGGCGGCCGGGGCCGGGCCGAGGACAACGAAGAGGAGGCGGCCAGCAGAACCAGCCGUGCGCCCGGGUAGCCCCGCGCGGGAGGCCCCCGGGACCGCGCCUGCUACGGGGCCGCGCGCUCCGUGCGCCUCUCGCGGAUUCCCUGUAAGGAGCCCCUGCUGGUGUGCCAGACCUACCGGGGGCUGUCUACCCGACUGCCCCAGACUCCGGCAACGGGGCCCCCGAUGGCAGUGGGCACCUCCCUGUGAAACCUGCCAAGCUGGACGCCACAGCUCCGCACGACGACACUUUGGCCAACUCUGUGCCCCCUUUGGAGGCGUGCAACCAUGCAGUCCUAGCCUGCAGCCCGGGCAUCCCUGAGGAGCACUAUGUAAGCGAGGCUGUGGAAGAUGCUCCCAGCUGCAGAGGGUACCGGGAUGCCUGCACCAUCACCGACGUGUGCAACAGCACCGAUCUUCCGGAAGUCGAGAUCAUCAGCCUGCUGGAGGAGCAGCUGCCCCAUUAUAAGUUAAGAGCCGACACCAUCUACGGUUAUGACCACGACGACUGGCUCCAUACACCCCUCAUUUCUCCAGAUGCCAACAUUGACCUCACAACUGAGCAAAUUGAAGAGACGCUGAAGUACUUCCUUUUAUGUGCUGAAAGAGUUGGCCAGAUGACUAAGACAUAUAAUGACAUAGAUGCUGUCACUCGGCUUCUUGAGGAGAAAGAGCGGGAUUUAGAACUGGCUGCUCGGAUUGGCCAGUCGUUGUUGAAGAAGAACAAGACACUAACAGAGAGGAACGAGCUGCUGGAGGAGCAGGUGGAGCACAUCAGGGAGGAGGUGUCUCAACUCCGGCAUGAGCUGUCCAUGAAGGAUGAGCUUCUUCAGUUCUACACCAGCGCCGCGGAAGAGAGCGAGCCCGAGUCUGUGUGCUCCACCCCGUUGAAGAGGAAUGAGUCAUCCUCCUCUGUCCAGAAUUACUUCCAUCUGGAUUCUCUUCAGAAGAAGCUGAAGGACCUCGAAGAGGAGAACGUCGUACUUCGAUCGGAGGCCUGCCAGCUGAAGACGGAGACCAUCACCUACGAAGAGAAGGAACAGCAGCUGGUCAACGACUGCGUGAAGGAGCUGAGGGAUGCCAACGUGCAGAUCGCCAGUAUCUCAGAGGAGCUGGCUAAGAAGACCGAGGAUGCUGCCCGCCAGCAAGAGGAGAUCACACACCUGCUGUCGCAGAUAGUUGACUUGCAGAAGAAGGCAAAAGCUUGCGCGGUGGAAAAUGAAGAGCUGGUCCAGCACCUGGGGGCUGCUAAGGAUGCCCAGCGGCAGCUCACGGCCGAGCUGCGAGAGCUGGAGGACAAGUACGCAGAGUGCAUGGAGAUGCUUCACGAGGCGCAGGAGGAGCUCAAGAACCUCCGGAACAAGACCAUGCCCAAUACUGCAUCACGGCGCUACCACUCGCUCGGCCUGUUCCCCAUGGACUCCUUGGCAGCAGAGAUUGAGGGAACGAUGCGCAAGGAGCUGCAGUUGGAAGAACCUGAGUCUCCAGAUAUCGCUCACCAGAAGCGAGUCUUUGAGACGGUGAGAAACAUCAACCAGGUCGUCAAGCAGAGGUCUCUGACCCCAUCCCCCAUGAACAUCCCCGGCUCCAACCAGUCCUCAGCCGUGAACUCCCUCCUGUCCAGCUGCGUCAGCACCCCCCGGUCCAGCUUCUAUGGCAGUGACGUUGGCAACGUCGUCCUGGACAACAAGACCAACAGCAUCAUCCUGGAAGCAGAGUCAGCUGACCUGGGGAACGCUGAGCGGAGCAAGAAGCCCGGGACGCCGGGCACCCCGGGCUCCCACGACCUGGAGACGGCGCUGCGGCGGCUGUCCCUCCGCCGGGAGAACUACCUGUCGGAGCGGAGGUUCUUCGAGGAGGAGCAGGAGCGGAAGCUUAGGGAGCUGGCGGAGAAGGGCGAGCUGCUCAGCGGCUCCCUCACGCCCACGGAGAGCAUCAUGUCCCUCGGCACCCAUUCGCGCUUCUCCGAGUUCACCGGCUUCUCGGGCAUGUCCUUCAGCAGCCGCUCCUACCUGCCCGAGAAACUCCAGAUCGUGAAGCCUCUGGAAGGCUCUGCCACCCUUCACCACUGGCAGCAGCUGGCCCAGCCCCACCUCGGGGGCAUCCUGGACCCCCGGCCUGGGGUGGUCACCAAGGGCUUCCGGACACUGGACGUUGACCUGGACGAAGUGUACUGCCUUAACGACUUUGAGGAAGACGACACAGGUGACCACAUUUCCCUCCCGGGCCUAGCUACCUCCACGCCAGUUCAGCACCCAGAGACCUCAGGUGAGGGGUCCCGAGCACGCGUGACUGGCUCAGGCAGCAGAAGUUACCCGCGCCGGCCUCAGGCUUGCCCAGAGGAGAUGCAGGAGCCGCCAGCGGCCGAGGAGGAGGAGGAGGAGGAGGAGGAGGGGUCUGCGCACCACCCUGGGAAGUGCAUGUCACAGACCAACUCCACCUUCACCUUCACCACAUGCCGCAUCCUGCAUCCUUCAGACGAGCUCACACGGGUCACGCCAAGCCUUAACUCGGCUCCAACUCCAGCUUGUGGCAGCGCCAGUCACUUGAAGUCCACGCCGGUGGCCACCCCAUGCACUCCACGGAGACUGAGCCUGGCUGAAUCCUUCACUAACAUCCGUGAGUCCACGACCACCAUGAGCACGUCUCUGGGGCUGGUGUGGCUGCUGAAGGAGCGGGGCAUUUCCGCGGCCGUGUAUGAUCCUCAGAGCUGGGACAGGGCCGGCCGGGGCUCCCUCCUGCACUCCUACACCCCCAGGAUGGCUGUGAUCCCCUCCACCCCACCCAACUCGCCUAUGCAGACGCCCACGUCCUCCCCGCCCUCCUUUGAGUUCAAGUGCACGAGCCCUCCCUAUGACAACUUCCUGGCCUCCAAGCCGGCCAGCUCCAUCCUGAGGGAAGUGAGGGAGAAGAAGAACGUCCGGAGCAGUGAGAGCCAGACAGACGUGUCUGUCUCCAACCUCAACCUCGUGGACAAAGUCAGGAGGUUUGGCGUGGCCAAAGUGGUGAACUCAGGGCGAGCCCACGUCCCCACCUUGACUGAGGAUCAGGGACCUCUCCUCUGUGGGCCUGCAGGCCCCGCCCAGGCCCUCGUCCCUGGCGGCCUGGUCCCCGAGGGCCUGCCCCUCGGGUGCCCCGCUGUCACCAGGGCCAUGGGCGGACUGCAGCUCAACAGCGGCAUCCGGAGGAACCGCAGCUUCCCCACCAUGGUGGGGUCCAGCAUGCAGAUGAAAGCCCCUGUGACUCUCACCUCGGGCAUCUUGAUGGGUGCUAAGCUCCCCAAACAAACUAGCUUACGGUGAGGAGGGGAGGGGGGUCCUUCCCCUGGAGGAGACCAGGCUUGCUCCUGCCUCCCUCUCUUCCCUGCCCGCCCCCCCCCCCCCCCCCCCCCCCCCCCCCGCCAUGAGCACUCCCUCUUUCCUCCUCCGUCCCUCCCCUCUGGAGCUAGACAAAUCAACCUCGUGCCUAAUGGGGGAAGAGUGGAGACUUUGUAAAGUGUACAUAGGACUUGCGGACCUUGUAUCCACCUGCCCUUUCUCCCCAUCGUGCGGGAGGGGCCCCAGCAUCAUCCCUGCUCUUACCGGGACUGCACCUGUGCUAGCCCGAGGGCAGGGGGGUGGCCGGGUGUCCUGUUCGCCUCCUCCUCUCCUUCAAGAAGCACUGAAACUCCCAAGGGUGUUCUUAUCCCAUGGAUAGGAAACCCGUGAAUCCGCGGCUGGCUCCCGGUGCCGCAUGUGGUGAGCUGGCACGCGGCCCGGGGUGGGGGGGCGAGGCCUCUGCCGGCUGGUGUCGCUGGGUGGGCACAGCGGGAGCCUCUGUCUGCGGCCACUGCAGCCACCGAGCAGCUGAUGUCGCUUCCAGGAUGGCAGGGCUGUUCUUCCUUCUCUGCCUCCAGACCUUCCCUCCUCUGCUUCAGUGGAGAGUCACUUCUUUUCUGAGGUGUGACUUUUUCUUUCCACGCCUUCAACCCAAAUCACCCUUCGAUGUCCUGUCCCUGGUCGUCAGGCCAGAGGUAUGGCCUGAAAGAAUGUAUCGACACUCCCGCUGUGUUCUGUGUGAGGUCUUAUUUUUUCCAUUUUUUUAUAGGCAGGGAAGUAAUGGUACUAGAUGGAAAGUCACAGUCUCUGUUCUCUCUGUGGCUCUGGGCCACGGAAAUAGGUUUCACGCAUGCCCGGUGGCUAGUGAGAUAGCAGUGGAGUUUGGGGACCCAGGGUCACAAACCAAAUUAAGACCAGACCCAAGACAAUUUUCACAAUAGGAUGAAAAGGAACGGGGUGGCGGGGGGAGGGCGGGCAGGGGAAAAAGGCGUGGAUGGAAUGUGUCAGUGGGAAAAGUAAACAGAACCACCCACCUAAUGCAAUACCAGACUGGUUCACGAGAGCAGUGCGGCUUGGGCAUCCUGUUGGUUCCGGUCCUCGCUGCGGCGUCCGAGGCUGGCCCGUGUGCUGGCACGGAUGUGGUCUCCACGCACACAGUCGGUGCCCCCACAGCUUGCUCUCGUGUUUCAGGACAGAGUGGUCACAACAAGAUGUUCUCCCCCACCCGCUCCCCCCAAAACCUUGGUCUCCGUGUGCCCACUCUUUAUCCCUAGGAAAUCAAAUAGAGGUGCUCAUGGGAAGAACCAGAAAUGAACGGGGGAGCCUGGUCCUGUUGCUGUCACUGACCGUUUUGAACUUUUAUUUAUUGUGUGUGUGUGUGUGUGCUGUUCUCUCCAGCCCUGGUCACAGUGUGUCUGUGGCCUUCCACUCCAAGCAGGUAACUUAUUUAUUCCUACCUGAGGGCUGCACUGCCCGGCACAGUGCUCCCUGGUCCUUUGUUCCGGGUGACAUCGUAUGCAGAUGAAAUUGUCACGUUGCCAUCCCUGUUCCCCGACCCCCCUCCCACCCCCGCAAAAAUGUGUCCAGCCGAGUGUAAACGUGCCCACUGAAGACUCUUUGAGAAUGUCUCAAAGGAGCAAGCUUCAGUCCCACCCUUUUAGAUUAUUUAUUCUCAGAACAUGAGGGGGUUGGUUCAUUAUUUUCAGUUCCCCUUGUGGUUGUAUGUGUGCACUCACUGCAAGGAAAUUCUUUGUAUUUGAAUGUAUUUUAAGGCAGUAGGUAGAAUAACAAAGGCAUAUGGAAACCACGAACUGAACGGACCACUAUAUGUAUUCAGAAAGGAGCUACCCAUCACCACAAAGGAAGUACCAGUGUAAAAAAUCAGCAAUUCGGAGGUUGCAGUAUUUAGUAUAGUUCAUGAUCAACCUUGUGCAACCACUACCAACAGAGUGUGUUGUUAUGCAUCAAAAAAACCGAUACAAUUUUAUUCUCUAAUGAAUAUCAAUAAAAGAAGUUCAAGUGAUGGAAACCACACGGGGA